CAACAACUUUUGAGACACCACAUCACCAUGGCUUCCGUUUCAGCCAAAAUCAUUUUCUCCACCGCCGCCGCCGUCGCCACCGCCACCGGAGGCAACACCACCACCACCAGAUCAUCCUUUCUCCCCGUCUUCCGCCGCGGCGCCGCCACUCCUCUCCCCCUAAAACUCUCCCACCGCCGACGCCAUCAUGUCCGCCACAUCACCAACGUCUUCAAAACCGUGGAGUCCCCUGCGGCCCCUCCGGCGCUUGAUCCGGUCCGGCAGGUUCAGAAGCCGACGAUUCUGGUGUCGGAGAAGCUGGGCGAGGCAGGGCUGGAGGUGCUGAGAGAGUUCGGGGAGGUGGAGUGCAGCUACGAUCUGUCGCAGGAGGAUCUGUGCAAGAAGAUCUCGCUCUGCGAUGCGCUGAUCGUGAGGAGCGGCACGAAGGUGACGAGAGCGGUGUUUGAGGCCGCCAAGGGGCGGUUGAAGGUGGUGGGGAGGGCCGGAGUCGGGAUCGACAAUGUGGAUCUGCAGGCGGCGACGGAGUUCGGAUGCUUGGUGGUGAACGCGCCGACGGCGAACACUAUCGCCGCGGCGGAGCACGGCAUCGCGCUGUUAGCUGCCAUGGCCAGAAAUGUUGCUCAGGCUGACGCUUCGAUGAAAGCUGGAAAAUGGCAACGUAACAAGUAUGUCGGUGUCUCUUUGGUUGGGAAGACAUUAGCUGUUAUGGGAUUUGGAAAAGUAGGAUCUGAAGUUGCAAGACGAGCAAAAGGCCUGGGAAUGCAUGUCAUUGCACAUGAUCCAUAUGCCCCAGCUGACAGAGCCCGAGCUGCUGGUGUCGAUUUGGUCUCUUUUGAUCAGGCUAUCUCAACUGCUGAUUUCAUCUCUCUGCAUAUGCCACUCACUCCUACUACCAAAAAGAUAUUCAAUGAUGAAACAUUUGCAAAGGUGAAGAAGGGAGUCCGCAUCAUUAAUGUCGCUAGGGGUGGAGUCAUAGACGAAGAUGCAUUAGUGAGGGCCCUUGAUAGUGGAGCAGUUGCUCAGGCAGCACUUGAUGUGUUCACAGAGGAGCCCCCACCAAAGGACAGCAAAUUAGUGCAGCACGAAAAUGUUACUGUGACACCUCAUCUUGGAGCUAGCACAAAGGAAGCACAGGAAGGUGUAGCCAUUGAAAUUGCAGAGGCUGUAGUUGGAGCUCUGAGAGGGGAACUCUCUGCCACUGCUGUCAAUGCUCCUAUGGUCCCUCCCGAGGUUAUCUCGGAGCUGUCUCCUUAUGUUGUGCUAGCAGAGAAGCUGGGUAGGCUAGCUGUACAACUAGUGGCUGGAGGGAGUGGAAUUAAAUCUGUGAAGGUGGUGUAUAAAACAGCCCGGGACCCAGAUGAUUUGGACACAAGACUCCUCAGAGCCAUGGUCACUAAAGGCAUCAUUGAGCCAAUAUCCAGCUCAUUCAUCAACCUGGUGAAUGCAGACUUCACAGCCAAGCAGAAAGGCCUCCGCAUUAGUGAGGAGCGGGUGAGCAUCGACUCGUCCCCUGAGAACCCAGUCGAAUCAAUCCUGGUGCAAAUAUCCAACGUGGAUUCAAAAUUCGCAAGCGCUGUAUCCGAGAGUGAAUACAUAAGCAUUGAAGGGAAAGUGAAAGAUGGGAUCCCCCGCCUCACAUGUGUCGGCUCUUUCAGUGUGGAUGUGAGCCUGGAGGGAAAUCUCAUCCUGUGCCGACAGGUAGACCAACCUGGCAUGAUCGGACGGGUUGGCAACAUACUUGGAGAAUGCAAUGUGAACGUGAGCUUCAUGAGUGUAGGAAGAACCGUCAAGAGAACACGCGCCAUCAUGGCUAUUGGUGUGGACGAAGAACCCGACAAGGACACCCUCAAGAAGAUAGGAGAGGUGCCUGCAAUUGAAGAGUUUGUGUUUCUCAAACUAUAGAAGAGCACAUUGAUCCAAUGCUUGUGAUAUAAGUUCAAUUUUUGUCAGGCAAAUAAAGCAGUCAGCUCUGCGUCUCCAUAAUUGCCCAGAAUGUGAGUUUAUGCAGUGAUAGUCCGUCACCCUGCUAUAUAAAAGAAAACGGGAGGUAGUUUGUGUCGGUGUGGUGGCAUUCAUCAUCAAAGUCUAUAGUCAGGUGGUGGCAUUCAUCCACUUAUGUGCCAUCUCUUUUGUUGUCUUGUACUAGUAGUAAGCUGUUGUCCGUGUUUUUGUUGUUUUCGGUAUUGUUGAAGGGGAGCAGUUCCAUACAGGCGGAUAGUAUGGCUCCUAGGAUUUUUAGUUGUGAGAGUUACAAGCUGCCAAAUGAACUUUCCUCCAAGUUGUAAUUCACAUUUGUAGGAAAAAUGGUAUGUGAAUCAUAGAGGUUGCUCCAUUUUUUACUUAGCAAAAAGGUGUUGCCUUAUAUGUAAUUGGCUAUUCACAACUCUGUUUUCUACUUCUUUUUUUUAAUCAUUGAUGAAGCUA